AUGUCAGACAACAUUCCUUUUGAAAUCCAAAUGGAAAUCCUUGAAAGAAUCCCUGAUGUAAAAUCUUUGAUUCAAUUUAGAUCAGUUUCAAAAGCAUGGAAGUCUAUGAUCGAUAGCAAGGAUUUUAUCACUGCUCAUACCCUCCGCCGCCACACUACUCCUCAUCACCUCCUAUUUCUAAAGACGGCAGAUUGCUGCAAAGUUUGCAUAGAAGAUUGCGAAUUUAACAAAGUUAACAAAAUUGACGAUGAUUCAAUUAUAUUAGGUAGUUCUCAUGGCCUGUUUUGCUUGUAUGAACCUGAAGUUAAUACUGUUGUUAUUUGGAACCCUUCAAUCAGGAAAACUGUUGCCACUAAAAUACCUAAUUUACGCGUUGAUAAGUGUUAUGAGACUGUUGUCGGUUUUGGCGUUUGUCCUCGGAAUCUUGACCCUAAGAUUGUCAAGAUUACAUAUCCUAGUGUUGUGUUGAUUACGAAUGAAAAUUUUAGCACCCAAGUUGAGGUAUUUACGGGAGGGACUUGGAGAAUUCCAUUAAGUAGCAACCUUCCUCAUGAAUCGAUUAGCUUUCAUCGUUCUUGGGCAGGUUAUCAGGCAGCCCCCGCUCCCUCUUUGUCAUUGACUAACUUAAGAGAGUCCCUGGCUGUUCUGAAGUUGGAUAUCUACUCCCAGAAUACUUGUGAUGUAUGGAUGAUGAUUGGGCAUGGUUGUACUAGAUCCUUUAAUAAACUAUACUCCAUUAACACAGUCGCACAUAUGCUUAGAACACUCGGAUUCCGAAAAAAUGGAGCACUUAUCAUUGAAUUGGAGAAUGACAAUGAAGAUAAUUGGAAUGCACCCGUUGCACUUGCUAUGUAUGAGCCAGAAUCAAAAAGCAUCAACAACAUUGGAAUUUAUGGAUUAUAUGAUGCCUUUUUUGUUCAUUCCUACGUGGAAACACUACUUUUGCUUGAUCAUCGAGCUGAUAAUAGAUAAUGACCACAUUGCAAAGUGUGCAUUUGAAUAGAGGACUUCUGAAAGGUGCAAGCAAAGUUCUGGUGAUUCGAGCACAACUUGUCAUGCAGAUUAAAAGUUAAGAAAAAUUAAACCCAUUUAUGUAAGAUUCAGCUUUUGUUAUCUGUGAGAUCCAUGUUUAAUAUAUGUUAUGUUGAAUCCUACUUCAUUGUA